AUGAGCACGAAUCGGUUGCAGCGGACACACCGCUCGACCAAGAUCCCCAAUGCCAAGAUACGCCCAGUGCCUGCGCGACGUGCACUCUCCGAGCGCGCGAUCGCUGAUGCAGAAGACGACGCACACUUUCAACAGAUCCACGAUAAAGGCACCAUCCAUGGCGCCCACACACAGAGCGACUUUGCCGGUGCACAGCGGCCGCUGCGUGGCGUGGUGCUGUGCCUUACCGGCAUCACGGAAGAAAAGCGCGAGCUGAUCAGUAUUGCGGAACAGCUCGGCGCGCAAGUCCACAUGAACCUCACAAGCCAAGUGACGCAUCUCAUUGCGCGCGCCGCAGGCUCGGAAAAGUACAAGUGUGCUGCACAAUUCCAUAUGCGUAUCGUGCGUCCGGAGUGGCUGUAUGUGAUCCGUGAGUCGUGGCUCGCUGGCGAUGAUGCUGUAGAUAUUGACAGACUUGCCGAUGCACACGCGCUCGGCGCACUCGAAGGACUCACCAUUGCGCUCAGUGGCGUCGACGGCGCACAGCGCGAAGCGCUCUUGGAAAAAAUCACAGAUUGUGGUGGACAGGUCGCUCCGCGCCUCGUGCUCGACGGCACGCUCACGCACCUCGCGUGUGCAGAGAGCGCGCGCGCGCGAAAGAGCUUUGCACGCGUCGUCGAGCAGCAGACACUUGCGCGCAAGUACGAAGCGACGCAGGCACUGCCGGCGCAAGUGCGCGCUGCGAUGGCCAUCCAGCUUGUACAUACUGCGUGGAUUGACGACUGCUGCUCGGCAAAAGCUCUGCUCCCGGAAGCAGUAUACGAAGCCACACGGCCGGUCCCGAGCGAUGAGGAGCGAAGGGAGUAUGUUGCCGCGCGCAUCACACGCACGCGGCCACAGCACGCGCCGCUCGAGGAGCCUGUCGUGCACGUCGCAUCGCCCGCUACGCAUGCGGCGCCGCCGCUGCAUACGCUAGUGCCCACCGAGCGCAACACUACCGAGCCGCAUUUCCAGCGCCGCGCCAGCCUCGCGACGCUUUCCCGUGCAGAGCGAUUCGGCCAGGAGGUGUGCGGUGUGUUUUUUGGCAUUCGUUUGUGUAUAGCAAUGCAGGACGGGGCUCGCUCGCGGCGAGUCGCAAGCGCAGUGCGCGCUGCAGGCGCUGUGUUGGUGGACAAGAGCGUCGACGCACAGUAUACCAUUGCACCACUGCUCGGUGCACCUCUAGAAAGUGGCACACUUGUGACGCACCACUGGGUCGAGCUGUGUCUGUACCAUGAGCGGGUGCUUGACCCAGUGCAGCACUUGGCGUGCGUGCCGAGCAGUGCACAGUUGCCGAUACCCGGCGCUGAACGUGUCUAUAUAAGUUUUACGGGAGUCGAUCGCCAAGGGCCCGAGUACCAUCACGCGCUUGCGGCUAUUCAAGCGCUUGGCGCAGUCGUCGAGGACACGUUCAGCAAGGCGCGCACCACGCACCUCUUGUGUGGCUCAGAGGAUGCAAUGCGUGGGAUCAAGGUGGCCAAGGCGCGCGAAUGGGGCGUGCCGGUGGUUGGGUAUGCAUUUCUACAGGAUGCGCUGAGGACGGGGCGACUUGAGGGUAUGGAGCGCAGCGACCAUCGCGGCGGGACGCAUGCCGAGGACCACAGCGUGGACCACAACGCGUGGAGAGAGAUGGAAAGCCGCCGUGGCGGACAGAGCGACAGAAGUGAGCCAGGCACUGCACUCCCCACUCGCUCCAUGCUCCCAUCCACACCGCAGCCCGACCCCACUAUGGCCGCACGCAACCCCCCACCAGACAAUUGGUGGUCCGAGCAAACGACAUCGCACGAGCCCACGUCCCCUCAUAUCGUCUACGACGACCCUGCGGCACGCAAGGAGCACAGCCGGCUCCUCGCGCUUGUCGAUGGCGCAGCAAACACGAAACGCAAGCGCUAG